AUGGAAUCCGAUGGAGAAGGCGAGGAAUCUGAUUCUGAUAAGGAGACCGAGAUUGUCAAAACUGUUCCACAUCAAGAGGGUAAGAAUUACUACCAGAAUUUAAAAAUUAAUUUUAAGAUGGAGAUUCAUGUUUAUGAUAGGAGUGUCAAUAUGGAGAAGCUCGAUGAUUGGAUCGAGCGUAUCAAGAUGUAUUUCACUUUUUAUGGAUAUUCAUCCAAGGAGAAGAUUGUGUUCGUGACUUUAAAGCUUUCAAGCUUAAAAAAAAGCUUCACUUCCCAGGAUUGGAAGCCUCAAGCUUAUCAAGCUGUUGUUGAUGAGUUAAAAUCCAAAUUGGGUUUGUCUAUCACGGUGGAUCACGUAAGGAAUAGGGUAAAACUUUGGAAGAGACACUAUGCCAUCAUCACUGAAAUAAGGACAAAAACCAAGUUCAGAUGGGACGAUGAUAAGAAAAUGGUGGUAAUUACUAUUGAGGACUUGGUAGAUUGGACCAAGUAUUGUGAGGUAAAUUCAGAUGCCAAGGCAUAUCAAAACAAAGCUAUUGAGAACCGAGAUGACAUAUGUGUGUUAGUGGGCACCGAUAGAGCAACUGGCGAGGGUGCAGAACAAAUUGAUGAUUCUAUUGCAGCUAUGGAUAUGGAAGGUGCGAAUGAAGGGGAGAGCUCUAGCAGAGAGGUUUCAAAAUCUUCAACUUCUAAAUCCAAUAAGAAGCUCAAGGGAGACCCUUUAGCAAAUGCAGUAAGUGAUGUUGGUGAGAUGCUAAAGGAGUAUCUAGUGAGUACGAACCCACCAAAAGCUGAUUGCGAAGAGAUUUAUGCCGAGGUAUCUAAAGUGAGGGGUAUUCCUCCACAUCAAUUUUUAAGGGCGGUUAAGAGAUUCAUUGAUGGUUCUGCACAUGAUUUUCGAAUGUUGAAGUUACUUCCAGACUAUCAAAAGUUAGAUUGGAUUAUGCUAUGUCUUGAAAACUCAGACUAAGGUGAUUUAAGACCUCACAAAACAGGACUUCUUGAACUGGGGAGAGAAAGCUACAAUAAGAAAU